CCUCAUUUCCAAAAACUCAAAUACCUAUCGCAACCUACCAAAACACGGUGCGCAAGCCGCUACACUCGCAACCCGAUUACAGUGAUAAUCACGAUGAUUGCGAUUUCAAGGUCCCCAUGGCGGGUUACACAGCAUAUAUAUGUCUCCAAGUUCUUCCGCCCACAACCCGUUCGGUAUACAUCGGCAUUGGUAGGUAGGAGUGGUCGGUUGUACGGUGGCGGUGAGCCGACCAACUCGACCAACGAUGAACUUGCCAAACUACGCCCGGACAUCACGGUAUCCGUUAUCAAAACCCUUGACAGCCGGAAGAGAUUCGACAAAUACCUGUCCAUCGCAGAGGAAAUUGGCAAGUCGGAUCGUCUCAGACUUCCCAUCGACUUUUGUGACGAGGAAUCCACUAUCGUGCUUCCUUGGUAUCAGGAUACGCUAUUUGGGUUCGUCGAGAGCCGCAAGGGUAAACCACACAACAAUUUCAAAGGAAUCCUGAGGCAGGUCAUGGAAGCGGUUCAAGAGCUCCAUAGCAAGGGAUGGGCUCAUCUUGAUAUCAAACCACAAAACAUCUUUGUUGACCCUGUUAUCAGCGAUGAUGGCCAAAAGACGGUCACCAAUGUCGCUCUUGGCGACUUUCACAAUGCUGCUAAGAUAGGAAAUGGAAGCGCCAAUUACUACCCCGGUCCCCUUGGGCAGCCUGUCUGGCGAAGUAUUGAGAUGCAUACUGGGCAAUUCGUGUGCAGAGCAUCCGACAUCUAUGCUCUAGGCCUAUUGUUGAUAUACACUUACGGCGGUCGAAGCAGGAUAUUUCUUGACGGCAUGACUCUACCACAGGUGGAAAUCAUAUGUCACCAUCUAAUAUACUUCGGCCCCGCGAUCCCCAAAGAUUUACUCGCGCAUGUCGAGAAUGAGACCUGGCGUAAGCUACUCGAAAUAAUGUCCGGGGUGGCGGUGAAACAGCUCGAAGCUCGGCCAGAAUGCAGCUUCAGCUGUUGGGGGAACGAAUUCGGACCAACGUUGAAGGGGUUGAUCUCCGAGAUGACCAACCUCAAUCCUUUGGCUAGGCCUACAAUUGAGCAAGUGCUGGCGCAUAAAUGGUGGGACGUGAAAGACGGGGUAUAA